AGGAUGAAAUGUUCCUUCCUCUGAUCCAGAGUAGUAGAGUCCGUUGAAGAAUUCGAUUGGGAAUAAUUUUAUCAACAUUCCCAGGACUCCCAGCAUGCAGCCUAUAACGGCGUGGAGCAAGGAGAGAGUGAGCGACUGGCUCAAAGGUCUGGACGCUCCUCUCCAGCAGUACCCCUUCAAAGAGUGGAGGGUGACGGGGUUGGACCUGCUGCAGCUCUCUUCCCAGGACCUGGAGCAGCUGGGCAUUCACAAGAUCAGCCACCAGGAGCUCAUCCUGGAAGCUGUGGAGAAGCUCUGCUCCCUGACAUACGGUAUGGGAGGGGAGACCCUGCGCAGUCUGACAGAGAACCUGUGCGUGGUGGCCCACUCCCUGAUUAUGGGCAUCCAGAUCCGCUGGAGGGUAAACACCUAUGAUGGGCAAAGCGCCACCAAGCUGCCAGCCAGCGUACUGCAGGUGGUGCUGGAGCUCAUCACCUCCGCAAAGGGCCUCUUCUCCCUGCUCAACAGGUACCAGUUUGCCCAGCUGAGUGGUUACACGUCCAGUAGGAACAUCAUCACCUACUGUAAAGACCUGGGGACCGCAGUACACAAGGAUUCCUCAGUUUACGAGAAAGAAAAAGACAUCAUCUCCAUCUGUCGUCAGUUGGUGGCGGUGUGUGAUGAGAUUCUGUACUGCAGUCCAGAGGUGCUCCUUACCCACACUGCCCAGCUGGAGAGGGUUGACCUGGUGCCUGUCUUCGACGGCGAUCACCUGUCACCCUCGGACUUCUGUGACAAGAUAUUAGCUGGGGAUGAGGUGAUCCAAGUCAAUGACCAAAUAGUGGUUGGCUGGAGCAGGAAUAACCUGUUGAAGAAACUACAGGAGAACCCCAGUGGGGUGACCCUGGUCCUCAAGAAGGUCCCUGUGUCCCUGAAUCUCAAAGACACACCCCAACAGCCCCCCUGCCCAAAGGAAGAAGAAGAGGAGGAAGAGGGCAAUCAGAGAUUCUCCGUAUUGGAGAGAGUAGCAGCCUCGGUUAGAUCCCUUUCAUUCAGGGCAGCGGUUCAGGGGCCAGUGGUGAGCCAGCACAUGGGCCAGGAGGAGUCGGAGCUGUCCAAUGACAGGGGAUUGGACAGCAGCCAGACAUACACCUCACACCCCCACCACCAGGGGGAGCUCUCAUACCUGUCUGCAGGAGAGACCAAUAGUUUGAAGGGGUCCAGGUUCAGCACCAGGCCCAGGGGAGAGGGCUCUGCGCCCCCCAGUAGUCCGUCCCCCCGGGUACUAGAGCUAGCCAGAGCUAGCGUCAGUUCCUGCCCUGAGAUGGGCGGACACGGGGAGGAUAAAGAACCCCAAAAGAUGUCUACAAAAGGCAAGAGUACAGCGACGAGCAGGCGCCGUGUGUCGUGUCGUGAGCUGGUUCAGCCCGACUGUGACGGCUGGCUGUGGAAGAAGAGGAAGGAGAGCGGCGUGUUCAUGACCCAGAAAUGGCAGCGCUUCUGGUUCGUCCUCAAGGGCCCCACUCUCUACUGGUAUACCAGCCAGCAGGAGGAGAAAGCAGAGGGCCUGGUUCAUAUCUCCAGCUACAACAUAGAGAGCGCAGGAGAACACAAGAGGAAGUAUGUCUUCCAAAUGUGCCACCAGCGCUUCCAGACUUUCUUCUUUGCCGCCGAGAAUGUCAAUGACAUGACCAAGUGGAUCAACUGUCUGAUCACAGCCAUACAGAAACACAAGAAGUUCCACAAAGGACCACCGGACAACGAAGAGGAGUGCUACAGUGAGACGGAGUCAGAAGAUGAGGGGUCUUCUCCUUCACCACGCAGAAACAAGAUCUACACGAAAACUCUGUCCAACACACUGCCUCGGGCCAGGAAAGAGAAGGAGAAGGAGGAGAAAGAGAAAGAGAAGAAGAACAAGGUUCAGGUUCCCGCUCCACCCACAGGGCUCAGCAGAAGCCCAGGAGCUCCAGAGGAUGAGAUGGACGUGCUGUUCCACGGACUGAAGGAGGGCGGCGUGUCCCUGAUCGGCAGCAAGCAGCCACAGACCCAAGACCACUUCCGAAAGUCCUUCAUCCGGCGCAACAAGAACCCGGUCAUCAAUGAGAAGGCCCACACGCUCCGCGCGCUGCAGAGCACUCUCAAGGAUAAAGAGGCAGAGCUCCAACUCAUCAACAAGGUGCUGGAGGACUCUGAGCUGACAUCCCAGAAGUACCGCCAGUGGAAAGAACAUAACAAAGACUUACACCUGGAGAUCGAGAAACUGGCUGUCCAAUGGGCCAAGACAAAGGACACGCCCCCUGGAUCGUCAUCUGGGGAGAUGGUGGAGGUGGUUGCCGUGGAAACAGAGGCCGCAUGUGGACUGAGCCUUGGUGACGGGGAGAUGCUGGUAGACGCGGAGCCAUCGUUGUCAAGUACGAUGAAGACAGCAGGCGACUCUGAUGUAGAGCCACAGUCAGAGCAGUCAGUGACUGCAGAGAGCAGCACAGACGACUUAGCUAGUCCUGCUAGCCGAGAGAAUUACUUCUACAUAUGAGACGCCACUGAACUGAUCUGAUGGUGGUUUCCCUACUUACCAUCAGAAAUGUAUCGUUAGGGCAUGGAGUUUUUCUCAACCAUAUGACCUAACCAGGGAAAACUCAUAGCUGUAGUUAUCGCUGUGAUUCAUGACUCUAUUUAUUGCUGUGAUACAUGACUCUAGUUUGAGCAGUGAUUCAUGACUAGUUAUCGCUGUGAUUCAAGACUAGUUAUCGCUGUGAUUCAUGACUCUAGUUAUCGCUGUGAUUCAUGACUAGUUAUCGCUGUGAUUCAUGACUAGUUAUCGCUGUGAUUCAUGACUCUAGUUAUCGCUGUGAUUCAUGACUCUAGUUAUUGCUGUGAUUCACGACUCUAGUUAUCGCUGUGAUUCAUGACUAGUUAUCGCUGUGAUUCAUGACUAGUUAUCGCUGUGAUUCAUGACUCUAGUUAUCGCUGUGAUUCAUGACUCUAGUUAUCGCUGUGAUUCAUGACUCUAGUUAUCGCUGUGAUUCAUGACUCUAGUUAUCGCUGUGAUUCAUGACUCUAGUUAUCGCUGUGAUUCAUGACUCUAGUUAUCGCUGUGAUUCAUGACUGUAGAUAUCGCUGUGAUUCAUGACUCUAGUUAUCGCUGUGAUUCAUGACUCUAGUUAUCGCUGUGAUUCAUGACUGUAGAUAUCGCUGUGAUUCAUGACUGUAGAUAUCGCUGUGAUUCAUGACUGUAGAUAUCGCUGUGAUUCAUGACUGUAGAUAUCGCUGUGAUUCAUGACUCUAGUUAUCGCUGUGAUUCAUGACUCUAGUUAUCGCUGUGAUUCAUGACUAGUUAUCGCUGUGAUUCAUGACUGUAGAUAUCGCUGUGAUUCAUGACUGUAGAUAUCGCUGUGAUUCAUGACUCUAGUUAUCGCUGUGAUUCAUGACUGUAGAUAUCGCUGUGAUUCAUGACUGUAGAUAUCGCUGUGAUUCAUGACUGUAGUUAUCGCUGUGAUUCAUGACUGUAGUUAUCGCUGUGAUUUCUUAUGGCAUUUUUCCUGGUCAGGUAAUGUGGUUAUGAUAAACACUGGGCCCUCAGGGGUUUUGUUUUAAAUAGUUUUUGACUGUUGUUGAUGUAGGAAAGACAGGGGAUGUCUUUCCAAGCCAAUUGUAUCACGCCAAACUUUCAGAAUUCAAGUUACGGUGUUCAUAUGACAAGUGUCCCUCUGUGUUGAUAGAUAUAUACUGUAGUCAUGGGAUGUUAUGGACUGUCUUUUCUACUGUUACAUAUCUUUGGCUCAGAUUUUUAAAGGAGAUUUCAAGGUAAAUUAUAUCUGUGUUGUAUGCCUCUUAUGUACAUAGAAUGUUAACAAAAUGUAUUGUACUUUUUUAAACGUAGAUUGUAUAUAUUUUUGCACAGAAUAAGUUCCGAUCUUGCCUGAUGGACAACAUUAUGACGUAGCUAUUAUAGAUCAAAGACAAUCAUUGUUUAUUUUAACCUGAUAAGGUUAACGUGUAAGACUGUUCCCAGACCUGUGUGUGUGUGUGUGUGUGUGUGUGUGUGUGUGUGUGUGUGUGUGUGUGUGUGUGUGUGUGUGUGUGUGUGUGUGUGUGUGUGUGUGUGUGUGUGCGGGCGAAAGCUUAGUUUUCCCAAUGCAUCUUGAAUAUAUUGAUUCAAUAUAUUCUGAGCAGUAAGGAUCCUCACUGGUGGCUGAGCCUGUGUCAAAUGCAGUAAAGAACAAGUGAUGAACGCAAUCAUUGCAAACAGUUUGUCAUUCAAGAAGCCAUUGUCCUAACUGAUGGUCAGGUGAAACUGGCAAUAAAAUGGCAAUAACAUUUCUUCAAA